AACGCCCCUUAGUUUGCUUCCAAUUUGAGGGGAAAAUCACGUCUGGACCGGUCGACAGACUGAUACAGGCCCACGUUGGAUGGCAAAACACAUCCAGACCGCGCGGUCCGGACGGAUGCUGGCAGUUUGAGGGUCCAGUCUGAAGAUGCCCUUAGGGCUAGUGUUUCCCUAGUGAAGUUUGGCAUUCUAGCAUCGGGGAGCAUGCUGCCGGCGUUCUCAAGCGGCAUUUUCGAGUGCGGGUCCGUCCCUUUUGAUUUUAUUAGUUUUUAUAGGUCUUUGCUUUCCUUAGAUUUUGUUUUCCUGGUGGCAUUGACGAAGUGAUGAAGAUGAUGGUGUGCUGUAACAAAGGUCUCUCUGUCACCUCCAUACCUCGACGGCGUCCGGUUUGGCGUUAGAGAAGGGCAUGUGAAGGUAGGUGUUGUUGAACUUUGUUGGUUCUCUUUAGAUCUUGACAGUUGACGUGUCAAUUAAGAGAAACAGUUGGUUGGCUCUUGAUAUGGCGACUUGGACCCCAUCUUUCGAUUUGUUUUGCAACAUGGCUUGCUUCAUCCAACCCUCUAGACGGUUGUUCAAAGAUUGUAAAUCUGCAUUGCGUAGGUUAAUGCCAGAACUAAUGUUCUUCAUCGUUUAUUUGCAGGGAUGAUUAUUGUCUCUUCAAAGACUGACAUGACGACAAUGUUUACGGUGUCUUUUUUCCUAUUGUUGAUUCAGUGCAUAUUUUUGACGAAUGGCGUACAAUCAAAGAAGAAGAAAACCAACUUUGUUUUCGUUGUAAUUUUAUUUUAAUUGUUCGUCAUUUUGUGUCUUGAUGUAUUCCAGUUGUAUGGACCGUUGUUUUUCUUGACAAUUACUAUUAAAAGUACCAUCUUUACCUACCGGAGGGGUAAGUUGACCAGUCUUGUAUUUCACCAGCAAUCUGAAACUGAUCCCUGGUCUAGCCAAACUACUUAUCAGCGUUUACAAAUUCAGCUUGAAUUUAUCCACCAGUUCAGGUCAAAUUAGGAGACAGAAAUGUCAACGCGGAGGGGGGGAGAGAGAGAGAGAGAGAGAGACGAGGCUGACCGUUGACGGUUGACCUUUGCUUGUUAACAGAGAGGGAAACGCGCGCCAUCGUUCAUCGCUCCUAAACAUUCUUCUCUCCCAGAUACGGUGGCAUCCACCGACGCCAUGGCCGCGGCUUCUCCUCCCCUCCUCCCCGUCUCCGUCCUCCCGGCGGCCACCGCCGCGACCGCCACCAUCGUCCUCCCCGUUCCGGACACCUCCUCGGCGGCCGACCAGCGCGCCUACCUCGCCCGCCUCCUCGACUCCGCCAAGCGCUCCCUCUCCGGCGCGCGCCCGUGGGCGGAGCUCCUCCACCGCGCGGCGCUCAGCCGCCCGGACUCCCUCGCCGACGCCACCGCCCGCGUCCGCAGGAACCUCGCCUACUUCCGCGUCAACUACGCCCUCCUCGUCGCGCUCUCCCUCGCCGCCUCCCUCCUCGCGCACCCGUUCGCGCUCGCCGCCCUGCUCGCGCUCCUCGCCGCCUGGUGCGCGCUCUACCUCCUCCGCCCCGCCGACGCGCCCCCGCUCGCGGCCUUUGGGAAGACCUUCUCCGAGAGGGAGACGCUGGGCGGGCUCCUGGCGGCGUCGGCGUUCGUCGUCUUCGUGACCUCCGUCGGGUCCAUCGUCUUCUCCGCCCUCGCGGCCGGCGCCGCGCUCGCCUGCGCGCACGGCGCGUUCCGGGUGCCCGAGGAACAGCUCUUCCUCGACGACGACCUGCAGCCUGGCGCUGGAGGAAGAGCGGGCUCCUCCGUCGACCUGCUCUCCUUCUUCACCAACGCCGCCGGAGGAGGAGGCGGGCGCGGCUGAGGCGCCCCACGUCAUUCCGUCGACUGAUUCAUUCUUGAGAAAUACUCCAUCGGUUCUAAAUUACUUGUCCAAGGAAUUGAUGUAUCUAGGCGUAUUUUAAUUCUAGAUACAUCUAACUUUAUCCUUUUGCGACAACUAAUUCCGAACCGAGCGAGCAUACGAGACACCAUAUGUGUUGCUAGUUAGCUACACCUACGUACACUAAAUGAAUUUUUUAAUUACAUUUAGGAUUUUAUACGAUUCAAAAGAUUUUUAUAGGAAAUUUGGAGAAACAAAAUAUUUAUGAAUUAUUUCUCUGUGGAUUGUUUGA